GAGCGAUAUAACUGUCGAUUCUACCGAUUCAUUGACGUUGUAUGUUGAUAUAUACUUCCUAAGGUAAUUUAGAUUAAAUUGAAGACAGUAGAGUGUGUAAAAGCAGGUGGAUAGUUACAAAGUUUAUAACAGGUUCCGGUACAAUUACAUUUCCAAAACAGUGGGGGAAAUUCUGAGGCGGUAAAAUGACACAAUCUGAGAAUAUUUUUUUGUUUGUGCCCAACAUUAUUGGCUAUGGCAGAGUGAUUUUGGCUAUUAUAUCCUUUUAUUUUAUGAAAACUAACCACAUAAUUGCAUCAUGGUGUUACAUUAUUAGUGCACUAUUAGAUGCAGUGGAUGGCCAUGCAGCAAGAUAUUUUAAUCAAGGCACCAAAUUUGGUGCUAUGUUAGAUCAACUGACUGACCGUGUUGGUACUAUGUGUCUUUUAGCCAUAUUAUGUGUGUUUUAUCCUUCAUACUCAUUCUGGUUUCAAUUAAGCAUGGCCAUUGACAUUAGUUGCCAUUGGAUAUAUUUGCACACGUCUCUGUUGCAAGGAAAGACAAGUCAUAAAUUUAUUGACAUGUCUGAAAAUCCAAUUAUGAAAGUAUAUUAUACCAAUCGUACAGUUCUAUUUAUUAUGUGUGCUGGUAAUGAAGCUUUUUAUGCUGCUUUGUACCUUUUGUACUUUACAGAAGGACCCACUUUGGUUGGCAUGAGUUUAUUCAGACUGGUUAUGUACCUUUCUGCACCAAUAGCUCUCGUUAAAACUGCUAUUUCUUUAUUACAUGGAUAUGUAUCUUGUAUCAAUUUAAGUACAAUUGAUUUAAAGGAAAGGCAAGAACUAAAAGCAAAAUAAGUUACUGCACUAUCUAAUACUUUCUAGUCACUCUAAAUGUGAUUAAUUAAUUGAUCUUCCUAAUUUAACAUUUGUUAUAUGCAAAUAUGUAUUUACAUUGGUCAGUCCAAUUAAAUGUGCCACAUUUAAAGCUAAAAUUGACCAACUAUUUUAUUAUGAAAUAGGUAUGUAAUACUACUCAAUGUUUAAUUUCUAUUUUAAUAACCAUGCUUCAAGCAUUACACAUUAUAUUCCAGUACAACUAAUGUUUAAAAGAAAUACUCCAUUUAAUGUUAGUUCUGUUUUUAUGUCUUAUAAUAUUUUUGUACUUAGUAAAUGAUGAUAUU